GCGUCGUCUCUGCUUUCCUUAACGGGGAAGGAGACGAUGGCACAGGCGUAACUUCGCAAAACAAACCGCAGUGCUCGCUUUUGGCUUCGGGUUGCCUUGCCCCACGCCGACCCCCCAUCUUCUUGCCUCAUCGCCACAUUUCCCAAAAACGGAAUCCAAUUCCCUCGUCCCAAAAAGAGAAGGAGAAAAAGAGCCAAAACCAAAAGCAGAGGCAGAGGCAGAGGGAAAAGAAGAGGCAAAGAUGGGUCUCCUUUCUAACAGAGUAAGCAAGGAGAGCCUGAAACCAGGGGAUCAUAUCUACUCUUGGAGGACUGCUUACGUUUAUGCCCAUCACGGCGUUUACAUUGGCGAUCACAAAGUCGUGCACUUUACAAGACGGGGACAAGAAGUAGGAACUGGAACUGUCCUCGACCUUCUCUUAGUAAGCUCUGGACCAGCCCGGUCUCAAGUGCCUUGCCCAACCUGCACUCCUCCCGAAGAUGAUCACGGGGUGGUCGCCUCAUGCCUCGACUGCUUCCUCUCAGGGGGUGUCCUGUACCGGUUCGAGUACUCCGUGAGCCCCGCACACUUCCUCGCCAAGGCACGUGGUGGCACCUGCACCCUCGCUGUCGCUGAUCCGGACGAGAUCGUGAUUCACAGGGCAAAGUACCUGCUUGACAACGGCUUCGGCUGCUACAACGUGUUCAAGAACAACUGCGAGGAUUUCGCCAUCUACUGCAAGACUGGCCUCCUGGUUCUGGACCAGAGAGGCAUCGGGCAAGGAGGGCAGGCGGUCUCGAUCGUUGGCGGGCCACUCGCAGCGGUCCUGUCCACGCCAUUGCGUCUGGUUACCACAAACGUGUACGGGAUGGCGGCAACAGCAGUUGGGGUGUAUUGUGCGAGUCGAUAUGCGGCUGAUAUUGGGAGCGGCAUGAGGAGAGACGUGGUGAAAGUUUCAGUGGAGGAUCUGACUCGGCGACUGGCAACUGGGAUGCUUCAGGUGAUGGAACCUCUCAGCUCGCCGACCAUUGUGAGCUGAUCUUUGGAUAAAGCCCGGCUCAUCUAAAGCGUGCUCUCAAACUGCGUGUUCAUUUGGUACUGAAAUGUUGUGACCAAGCUUCAAGACAGGGUUUGGAUUGAAGCAUUUACUUCUUCUCGUGUGAUGUGUGCGCACUUAACAUGAUUAAUUCUUGAUGCCUGUCAUUGAAGACAUGCUUGUUUUAUCUAUCAAAAACUCUGUACUGAUGGUAAUCACUGUUCAUUAAAAGCUUAAGCUUUCAGUUGACGGGCCAGCAAACUUUCCUGUUAUUUCUUGUUAACAAUUUCCUAUAUCGAGGAAGAAAGACAAAUAACAGGAGAACACAGCCAGAGUUUCUCCCUUUGCGAGCGACUUUCUUUACUCCGAGGAGUGAAGUCACACUUCAGAAUGUUAUUAGGUAUUUGCUGUCACAA